GAGAAACGGUUUUCAUGUUCUGAAUGUGGAAAAUGUUUUAUCAAUAAAUCAAAACUUGUCCGUCAUCAGCGAACUCACACAGGAGAGAAACCUUUCUUUUGUAGUGAAUGUGGAAAAUAUUUUGUCACUAAAGCAGUGCUUGUCCGUCAUCAGAAAGCUCACACAGGAGAGAAACCUUUCUCAUGUUCUGAAUGUGGAAAAUGUUUUAUCAAUAAAUCACAACUUGUCAGUCAUCAGCGAACUCACACAGGAGAGAAACCGUUCUCAUGUUCUGAAUGUGGAAAAUGUUUUAUCAAUAAAUCACAACUUGUCAGUCAUCAGCGAACUCACACCGGAGAGAAACCUUUCUCAUGUUCUGAAUGUGGAAAAUGUUUUGUCACUAAAGCAGAGCUUGUCCUUCAUCAGCGAACUCACACAGGAGAGAAACCGUUCUCAUGUUCUGAAUGUGGAAAAUGUUUUGUAACUAAAGCAGUUCUUGUCUGUCAUCAGAGAACUCACACAGGAGAGAAACCGUUCUCAUGUUCUGAAUGUGGGAAAUGUUUUCGGCAACAUUCAAGUCUUGCCAGUCAUCGGAGAACUCACACAGGAGAGAAACCGUUCUCAUGUUCUGAAUGUGGAAAAUGUUUUAUCAAUAAAUCACAACUUGUCAGUCAUCAGCGAACUCACACCGGAGAGAAACCUUUCUCAUGUUCUGAAUGUGGAAAAUGUUUUGUCACUAAAGCAGAGCUUGUCCUUCAUCAGCAAACUCACACAGGAGAGAAACCGUUCUCAUGUUCUGAAUGUGGAAAAUGUUUUGUAACUAAAGCAGUUCUUGUCUGUCAUCAGAGAACUCACACAGGAGAGAAACCAUUCUCAUGUUCUGAAUGUGGAAAAUGUUUUGGGCAACAUUCACAUCUUGUCAGUCAUCAGAAAACACACACAGGAGAGAAACCCUUCUCUUGUUCUGAAUGUGGAAAAUGUUUUCGGCAUGAUUCAAAUCUUGUCAGUCAUCAGAGAACACACACAGGAGAGAAACCGUUUUAAUGUUCUGAAUGUGGAAAAUGUUUUAUCAAUAAAUCAAAACGUGUCAGUCAUCAGCGAACUCACACAGGAGAGAAACCGUUCUCAUGUUCUGAAUGUGGAAAAUGA